AUGUCUCAACAUGGCGCUGCCCAUGGGUGUAGUGGCUGUGGAGAACACAAUUGUUAUUCUCACGCUGCAAAUCCUUCCGUGCAUCAAACUUUGGAUGAGUUAGAUUUCGACAGAGGACUUUGGAGCUCUGCUCUCGCUGGCGAUAACGAUGACCUUAAGAGAAAGUUGAUACAUAGCAAGGGAACAGAUGUAAACAAAGUUGACAAGUCUGGCUACACCGCGCUUCACUAUGCCUGUAGAAAUGGGCAACUGGAAACCUGCAAGAUUCUUCUGACUUACCAAGCAGAUGUCAAUGCAACAACCCAAUCAAGUAAGGCAACUCCCCUUCACAGAGCAUCUUACAUGGGCCAUUCUGAGAUUGUCUCCCUUUUGCUUCAACAUAAUGCUGAUCCAAGAAGUGCUGACUGUGAUGGUAUGACCCCGCUGCAUAAGGCUGCUGAGAAUGAUCACGCAGAAACUGUAAAAAUUCUCAUUAAGGCAAAUCCUGAUGUAGCGAAUGUCAAGGACAACAGAUUCAGGAAACCCGUUGAUCUAGCUAAGUCUGACCUUGUCAGGACAAUCUUGUCAAGUAUGGCUCCAGAUCAUUGA